AUGGCGAACCACAAUGGUAAAAAAAAUAGGGAAAUCAGAGUAAAGCAGACCUACUUCGAAACCUCAAAAUGUAAGGGAUCGUUCUCAUCGAUAACACAGAGGGCACGAUCGAACGAAGCCCCGCCUUCAUGCAUUGUCAGUGCUGAACAGUUUCUUGACUUGCACAAGUAGUUUCGUAUGUUGCUGAAGUAGACGAUAUCUCCAACUUUAAGCUUUGAAGCUUGAGCUGCCCAGUCCCCAUAACAGCACACAUCGAAAGUGUAAGCAUCCACAGCAGCAAGUACAGACAAUGAAGUCUCGCAAAAUGUCGUCUCUAUGCUCUCAGCGUCUGCUCGGAACAUAUUUAGGUCGUCAGAGAAACUCGCCAACGUUCCAUCCCAAGCUCUUACGAACACCGUGAGUGGCUCGCCCUUGCCCUCGUAUACAGCAAGUACCUCGCAGUACCAGUUAAAAAACUUAGUUCCAAGCGAUGGAAUCUCACUUGCACUUUCAACUGUGUUGCACUUCUUCCGUUUGGCAUUUUUCCGCUUAGUUGGCGAGUUGACGUCGGCUUCUCCAGUUGGUAACAUUUCGGCUUCAGCAUUGACACAGUCGCUUGUAGGUGAUGAGACCGGGGCUUCUGCUCGGGUUUCUCCAUUCCCAGACCAUUCACGCAAUUCAGAAAGCCUAGCGACAUCCUGUUCGUCGAACGUGUAUGUCUUAGAAGUCUUCAAUGUGGGCGUAUCUGACAUGCAGGACCAAGCCACAGCAUGGCAACCGUACGCACCGAUAUUCACUAUUAGAGCCUUUUCGUUGCGAUACGAGCCAACCUCUGCUCGAUGUAAUCGAAGUAUAUCAUUCGGUUGUAAGUCCUUGAAAUGACCUUCUGAUUCUUUACUGACUUUCAAGCAGACGGUGGCACGCUCAUCCCUUAUCUCGAUAAUAAGGCCACCGAAAAUCGGCGUAGUGAUUGAAAGAACCACACCGUACACGUUGACGCGACCAGAAUCAGGAAGGCUCUUCAGUGUUGUGUAUUCAUACAACGGAGCUUCUGCCAUAAUGCUGCAAUUUUGGGUUCUGGAAUGA